AUGAAGGGAUGUAAGGAAGAUGUUAAAUUUCGAGAUGCGGUUAAUAGAUAUGCAAAAUAUAGUAUAUACGAUGAACUUAAUAAGAAUAGCAUUGAUAAGAAUAUAAUAAAGAAGAUAUCGAUAUUAUAUGAUAUAUUUAAACAUAUAAAUAAGGUGUGUAAUAAUAAUACAAAUGAUUUUAUAUAUACUAAUGAUAUAAAAUAUUGUUUAAGAUAUGAUAAUUUUGUUCGUAUACGUUUCCAUAUAACUUCUAUAGAAAGAAAUCAAACUAAUAAUGUAGAUAAAAAUAAUUAUAAUUUUAUAGAAAAUUUAAAUAAUAUAAUAUCAAAUAUAUAUAAUCCAUUUUAUUAUGAUAAAUUUAUAAAUAAUGAAAUAAUAUGUGAUAAAGAAAAAUUAAAUAUCAUGUUAAAAUAUAUAAGAGAAAUUGAAAAUGCAUAUAUAUAUAAAUAUAGAAGUGAUCAUAAUAUAAAAUUAACAUUCGAUGUUUUUUCUCAUUCUUUUUAUAUAUUCCUUUCAUAUGAUUAUAAACAAAAAUUAUGUAUCAAAAAUUUUAACAAUAAAUAUAAUCAAUUACAAAAUAAUAAUAUAUAUGAAUACACACCUGCACAAAAAAUGUUACAAUUUAAUUCUUUAGGAACAAUAUUAACAACUAAUUUAUAUCAUCAAACAAAUCAUAAACAUUCAACAUCUAAUAAUUAUAAUUCCUUUGAAAAUGAAACACUACAAAAAAUUGUACCUUUCAUUUAUGAAUCAGAAAAUAUGAUUAAUCAUUUACAUACAAAAAAAACAUAUCCAAUACAAAAUAUCAAUAUAGAAAAUGAUUUCUUUAUAAAAAAUAAAAGUUAUCAACAUUAUAUGACCAAUUUAAUUAAGCUGCAAAAAUUAAAAGAUGAGCAUAAACGACUCAAAAAAAAUAUCCAGCACAAUUUUUUAUACUAA